CUGGGAGGGACUUGUUGGAAGGAAGGGCUGCAGUCUUACAGCAACAGAGUUUAGACCGUGUCUUUGCUUCAUCAUCUGAGGGGAAAAUUCCCAGGCAGAAGGCUUGCUGAGUACAAUAAAAAGGGAAUGAGAAGUAUUUAUCCGAACGUUUCUUCCUAAUGAUGCAGUGCGAAAGGUUUGACCGUUUGAUUUUACCAGAUGGUCCUGUGCCUAUUGCAAACGUGAGGAGCAGACAGAGCUAAAUAAGGUUCAUGAUUAAAAAGUGCCUUUGUGAAGUCACUUUUACUGGAAACGACUGUCCUACGCACCUCUGUGUUUGGGGAGCUUGGUCUCUGCCUACUCUGAACACCUUGUCCUGAUCUCAUGUGUGGCAGAGGAUAUCUCGACCGUCUGAAUUUGCCACUUGCUCGACUUCAAUAUUAAAAAGGUGAAAGGAAAAAAACAAAACUGCUAGGACAACUGACAGGGUUGUUUUCCAGUGUCACCAAUACAAGAAAGCAGCAUUGGAAGAAUUAACAUUCUCUCAAGGAGUCUGAUUGCCUUGGAGUCACUCUGUAAGAAACGGUGUCAAAGACAGACAAGAGACUCAGACAUUUUACAGCCAGAGAUGACACUGAGCAUGUUUUCAUUGCAGCCCACCUUCUCCAAGUGGGGUAUAUUGAUUGAUGAGUGACUGCUUGCUGAUAAAUUGUCUCUUCUCAUUCUGCUUUGUGUGUAUUGGACUCCAUUAAUCAAUUUGUUAGCUCUUCUAAGAGCUGGAUGUGGUUUGCUUCUCAACAGUAGAUUUGUUUUGUUUUAUUUUUUGGAGUUGGUGGACAUCAGAGUGACAUAAUUCACUUAAUAGCAACACCCAGAACCUAAACCUCUUUUUCAUCAUGGCUUUGAACGUUACUCCUGUGAGAGACACAAAAUGGCUGACACUGGAAGUGUGCAGACAGUUUCAGAGAGGAACUUGUUCACGGUCUGAUGAAGAAUGCAAAUUUGCGCAUCCCCCCAAAAGUUGCCAGGUUGAAAAUGGCCGUGUAAUUGCCUGCUUUGAUUCCCUAAAGGGUCGUUGCUCAAGGGAGAACUGCAAGUAUCUUCACCCACCGACACAUUUAAAAACCCAACUAGAAAUUAACGGGAGGAACAAUUUGAUCCAACAAAAAACUGCAGCAGCAAUGCUUGCCCAGCAGAUGCAAUUUAUGUUUCCAGGAACACCACUUCAUCCAGUUCCUACGUUUCCUGUAGGUCCAGCACUAGGAACAAAUGCAGCAAUUAGUUUUGCUCCUUACUUAACACCUGUAACCCCUGGAGUUGGGCUAGUCCCUACUGAAAUUCUACCCACCACACCUGUUAUUGUUCCUGGAAGUCCACCUGUUACAGUCCCUGGCUCAGCUGCUACUCAGAAACUCCUCAGGACAGAUAAACUUGAGGUGUGCAGAGAGUUUCAGAGAGGAAACUGUGCCCGAGGAGAGACUGAUUGCCGCUUUGCUCAUCCUUCAGACAGCACAAUGAUUGAUACAAAUGACAACACUGUAACCGUUUGUAUGGAUUACAUAAAAGGUCGUUGCAUGAGGGAGAAAUGCAAAUAUUUCCACCCUCCUGCACACUUGCAGGCCAAAAUCAAAGCUGCUCAGCACCAAGCCAACCAGGCUGCCGUCGCCGCUCAGGCAGCUGCUGCAGCAGCGACAGUGAUGACUCAGUCGACUGCCAAAGCAAUGAAGCGACCUCUCGAAGCAACUGUAGACCUGGCCUUUCCUCCCGGUGCUCUUCACCCUUUACCAAAGAGACAAGCACUUGAAAAAAGCAACGGUGCCAGCGCCGUCUUUAAUCCCAGCGUCUUGCACUGUCAGCAGGCACUAGCUCAUGCACAGUUGCAGCAACACACGGCAUUUAUUCCGACAGGGUCAGUUUUGUGCAUGGCACCCGCUACCAGUAUUGUACCCAUGAUGCACAGCGCUACGUCCGCCACUGUCUCUGCAGCAACAACUCCUGCAACAAGUGUCCCCUUCGCCACAACAGCCACAGCCAAUCAGAUAAUACUGAAAUAAUCAGCAGAAAUGGAAUGGAAUGCCAAGAAACCGCAUUGAGAAUAACAAAACAUUGUUACUGUACAUACUAUCCUGUUUCCUCCUCGAUAGAAUUGCCACAAACUGCAUGCUAAAUAAAAAUGUAGUUCUUCUGGACAGAUCACAAACUCUAAGAAGCUAGUGCUGCUAUAUCAUAUAUGAGUAUUAAAUAUGGUAUGCUUAGUAUAUUCCAACCUAAAAUAGUUAACUACCUGAUGCCAGCUGUGAUGUUUAAAGACAAAAAGGGUAAAGUUUACUUUCAAGUUCUCUAAACAUGGUUUUCUGUCCUAAGAAUAUUGUCUUAUCUCCAUAACUAUAGCUGAUGCAGAAAGCCCAACCAAUUUCUUCUUUUCAGGCUCAGAACAUUUCAAAUUUAGCAAUAAUCAGUUUGCAUUGGUUCCAACCUGUCCCAAGUGCAGGUUAAAUUCUCACUCGAAUUAUUGUUUCCUUUGCCCACUUAAUCAAAGGGUAAGUGUUCACUUCUCAAUGAGAUGAUGCUGCAGCAAAGAAAGAAGUGAAGUAAAACUAAGACCUGUCCUACAGGUCUCAAAUUCUAAUGGAAAAUCCAAGGACAAGCACAAGUUCUGGGGAUGCAUCAAAGCAUAGUAUUUGGCUUGCCUGGAGAUGCUGUGUUGAAUCAUAUGAUUCUAGAAUAAGAGAAAUAGAUUAAAAGAAACAAAAACUUUGCACGGUAUGAGCUUCAUACCCCCAACCAACAAAGUCUUGAAGGUAUUAUUUUACAAAUAUAUUUUUAAUGUUGUUUUAUAAGAGAGACUUUGCAGAAGUGCCUAAAUUUUGCCAGACUUCAUCCAGCUUGAAGGAAAGGAGGCCAAUGCCAACAACCUAAUCUAAGUGAUUAGUCUUUCAAACUCACCAUCCAGUUGCCUGUCACAGAAUAACACUUUGAAACUAAAGAUGUAUGUAGUAAAAUAAAGAAGCUGUAGGUGAGGAGAUCUGUAUAAUAUUCUAAUUUAAGUAAAUCUGAGGUUAGUCACUUAAAAUCUGACUGUGACUUUAAUCUAAAUUACUAUGUAAACAAACAACAAAAAAAAGUAGAUAGUUUCACUUUUAAAAACUCCAUUACUGUUUUACAUUUUAAAAGUUGAAUUAAAGGGUUGUAACUGACUACAGCAUGGAAAAAAAAUAGUUCUUUUAAUCUUUUCACCUUAAAGCAUAUUUUAUGUCUCAAAAAUAUAAAAAAAAACUUUAAUACAAGUACAUACAUAUUAUAUAUACACAUACAUAUAUACUAUAUAUGGAUGAAACAGAUUUUAAUGUUGUUUACUUUUUUAAAUACUUGGUUGAUCUUCAAGGUUAUAGCGAUAAAAUUAAAUUUUGUUUAGAAAGUUUGUUUUGAAGUUUAUUUUAAGCACUAUUGUACCAAAUAUUUCAUAUUUCACAUUUUAUAUGUUGCACACGUCCGAUACAAUACCUACAUAGUCUUUAAAUUAUUGUUUCAAAAACAAAACAGCUGUAAUAAAUGAAUAUGAUGUGUAAUUGUUUAAAACAUCCCUUUAUUUUGUGAGCAUAUUAGUGAUUGCAGUAUUUUGACUUAAACUUUUCAGACUGAAUGUAAAAUAUUUUAAUGUUGGCAUCACUGCCAAUUCUGAAAACUAGAGACACUAACUGUGUCAUGAUUUGUCUCAAAAAAGAUCUGCCAUUUUAACUCAUGUUGCUCAGAGUCUAAUUCCUAUCUAUUUAUAUUAAAUCAUAGAUUUGAUCACCCUAAGGAAAAAAAAUCACAAUCUAAGUGUAAUCUAACAUAGUGCUUGUACUGUUAUAUUUGUUUUAAUUUGUGGGAAAAUAUUGUAUCUAAACUUUUAUUACUUUGGUAGUUUUACCAUUAUAUACUAUUAGUAUUUGUAAUUUUUCUCAAUUCUAACAAUGUAGUUAUGCUACAACUUGCCUAUAGCAUUCAAGGUUGUUUUUGUUCAUUUUUUUAAUACUUGUUCAUUUAGAUUCCUUGAAAACUUAGUACACAUGACUAAAAGGUAAAUUAUGAGCAUCACUGAAAUAUUUUUGUAGACUACUUGUUAUAACAUUGUCUUUCAUGUUAUUGUUUCAUAAUUUUGAUUUUUUAAAUGACUAUUACACAACUAUUUUCAGCCCUUUAAGAUAAACCAUCAAAAAGCAUCACAUAUACACCUCCCAAGAAAUAGAAAAGACUGUAUUUUUAAUAAGAUAUCCAUUUUCCAGAAUUUGUGACUAUAUUAUGCAAAAGGACCAUAAGGAUACCAUUUUCAGUAAGGAGGAGGCAAGGCAAUUACAUAGAUGUACAAAUAUAUGUACAACAGAUUUUGCUUUUUAUUUAUUUAUAAUGUAAUUUUAUAGAAUAAUUCUGGGAUUUGAGAGGAUCUAAAACUAUUUUUCUGUAUAAAUAUUAUUUGCCAAAAGUUUGUUUAUAUUCAGAAGAGUCUGAUUAUGAUGAAUAAAUCUUAAAUGCUUUGUUUAAUUACAAAAACAAAAUCACCAGAAUCCAAGAUGAGAAAAUAUCAAUUCAGUAAAUGCUGUGGUUAAGAGACUGGAUCUCCACUUAUUUUGAGAACAGCAUUUCAUUAUUGGUUUUCAGUAAUUUAACAGCACUUCACCAAAACAUUCACCUCAAUCACUCCACUGACAACACUUCUACUAAAUCUUUCAGUAACACUUACCGAAAGCCCUCAUUCAUUACCUUUCCAUGUAAACAGAAGUCUAAUUUGUAUCAAUUCUAUGUUUCAGUUGUAAUAUUGAGUUCACUCACCCAAUGUGCAACCAAUGAAAUAAAAGAAGCAUUUAAAAAGAA